UUUUGUAAUGUCUAACACUUACAUUGAACUAACAUCACGAUCACCUAUCCUUCGCCAGUCUUCGUCACAAUCUAGAAGCCGAUGGCAGCAGUUAGUAGUGGGUGCAGGAUCAGCUGCAGGUACUACAGCUGCUGUUAUUAGUGAAGAGAGUAUGAAAUGCUUGAAAUACUGCCUCAACUGGCUUCAGUAUGCCGUCAACCACAUUGACCAACAAAUGUCAAUACUACGAAACUUCUUGGUAUCUCUGGCCACCUCAUCCAACCCUUCAUCAUCACAGACCGUAGCGAGACCAUCAUCAUCCGUUCUGUCGUCUGUGAAAAAAGAGAUUAUCGACACUCUGAGAAAAGUCGUCGAAAUCAUCAGUAAAUAUGCCGGCUCCUCGUUACCAGCCCAUGCAAGAAGUGCUGUGAGGAGUUUUAUAAUUAAUCUGCCGGGAAAAUGGGCUCUUGUCAACGAAAGUAGAUCGACCACUGUCUCGCCCGUAGCUUCACCACAAAUGCGGCCGUACGGUAUGGAAACUCAACAACCAGACUCUAACUCCCAGGAAGCAGCAGUUCGACUUUUGCAACUAGGUGGUGAGUCGGUGGAGAUGCUCCAUUCAGUGUCUGGUAUCUUCAGCGAUACUAUAGACCGUGCAGAGCUCUGGUUGGAUCGUUUGCGGACGGUAAAAAUGGCUUCAGCUGGAAAUGAAGAUAUUAAACUGCCCGCUCUCAAGGCUGACGAAGAUUACUCCAAUAUUUCUUUACCGUCACUUCACUCUGUCACUGAAAACCAACUACAUCAUCGUCCAGGUUUCAUCAAUAUGCCUGCUCAUGAUACCGACAUGGACUAUUAGUUCUCUGCCUGUUUGGGACUAUACCCUCCUCACUCUCCUUCAUCCAUCCAUUCUUUUGAAGAAGGGAUAUCAUCUAUAGUUUAUCUCUUGCAUUGUAUCUCUUGUAUAAGACGGAGAGGAAUUUCUCUCUUUCAUGUUAUUCUUUCAUCUGAUGUCUGUGGGCUGGCUGUCACUUUUAUGAAUAUCUAUUUUGUAAAGUACUCAGAACUACCAGCUACUUUGCACACCUGUUGUGUCAUCACAGCAGAACAUUUAUCGGCCUCAUCGCCUCAGUCUCUAUUUCGUUUUCGUAUUGACUUUUUUGCUUUAUCUUAAUUUGUAAUAACAGUAUGCCUAUAAAGUGUUUCUUUGACAAUUU